AGCAAAUCAGGGUGAGAGUUGAAGCUUCGGGUGGCGUUGGGCACCUGAACUCCGCUCCUGGAAUAGCUAUUCACAGUCAGACAGAACCACUUACACGUUUUGCAGUAUCUCCUGAGGAAGUCAGAGUCUGAGCCAGCAUGAAGAUUGACUCUUGUCUUUGGUCUGAUUUAUCUUUAUUGUAACCAUGUGCAAGGUGGAGGUUAUAGCAUGGAAACUAAAAUCUUACUUCCUGCCUGACAUAACUCACUUCAAGAAGUACACAAUGUCAGAACAUGGGAUUAAGUGGGCCUGUGAAUAUUGUACGUAUGAAAAUUGGCCGUCUGCAAUCAAGUGUACUAUGUGUCGUGCCCAGAGACCCAGUGGAACAAUUAUUACAGAAGAUCCAUUUAAAAGUGGUUCAAGUGAUGUUGGUAGAGAUUGGGAUCCUUCUAGUACUGAAGGUGGAAGUAGUCCUUUGAUAUGUCCAGACUCUAGUGCAAGACCAAGGGUUAAGUCUUCAUACAGCAUGGAGAAUGCAAAUAAAUGGUCAUGCCACAUGUGUACAUAUUUGAACUGGCCAAGAGCAAUCAGAUGUACCCAGUGCUUAUCCCAACGUAGGACCAGGAGUCCCACAGAAUCUCCUCAAUCCUCAGGAUCUGGUUCAAGACCAGUUGCUUUUUCUGUUGAUCCCUGUGAAGAAUAUAAUGAUAGAAAUAAACUGAAUACAAGGACCCAGCAUUGGACUUGUUCUGUUUGCACAUAUGAAAACUGGGCUAAGGCUAAAAAAUGUGUUGUUUGUGAUCAUCCCAGACCUAAUAACAUUGAAGCAAUAGAGUUGGCAGAGACUGAAGAAGCUUCUUCAAUAAUAAAUGAACAAGACAGAGCUCGGUGGAGGGGAAGCUGCAGUAGUGGUAAUAGCCAAAGAAGAUCGCCUCCAACUCCAAAACGGGACUCUGAAGUGAACAUGGAUUUUCAGAGGAUUGAAUUGGCUGGUGCUGUUGGUAGCAAGGAGGAACUUGAAGUGGACUUUAAAAAGCUAAAGCAGAUUAAAAAUAGGAUGAAAAAGACUGAUUGGUUAUUCCUCAAUGCCUGUGUGGGGGUGGUGGAAGGUGAUUUAGCAGCCAUAGAAUCAUACAAGUCAUCAGGAGGAGACAUUGCACGUCAGCUCACUGCAGAUGAAGUACGUUUGCUGAACCGUCCUUCUGCUUUUGACGUUGGCUACACCCUGGUACACUUGGCCAUACGCUUUCAGAGGCAGGAUAUGUUAGCAAUAUUACUUACAGAGGUGUCUCAACAAGCAGCAAAAUGUAUUCCAGCAAUGGUGUGUCCUGAACUGACAGAACAAAUCCGGAGAGAAAUAGCUGCUUCUCUUCACCAGAGAAAGGGAGAUUUUGCUUGCUAUUUUCUGACUGACCUUGUAACAUUUACAUUGCCUGCAGAUAUUGAAGAUUUGCCUCCAACAGUUCAAGAAAAAUUAUUUGAUGAGGUGCUUGAUAGAGAUGUUCAAAAAGAGCUAGAGGAAGAAUCUCCAAUUAUAAACUGGUCUUUGGAAUUGGCUACACGUUUGGACAGUCGAUUGUAUGCACUUUGGAACCGGACUGCCGGAGAUUGUUUACUUGACUCAGUACUACAAGCUACCUGGGGCAUUUAUGACAAAGACUCGGUGCUUCGGAAAGCCCUGCAUGACAGCCUGCAUGACUGUUCACAUUGGUUUUACACACGCUGGAAAGACUGGGAAUCGUGGUAUUCCCAGAGCUUCGGUUUACAUUUUUCACUGAGGGAAGAACAAUGGCAAGAAGACUGGGCAUUUAUACUCUCUCUAGCUAGUCAGCCUGGAGCAAGUUUGGAACAGACACACAUUUUUGUACUCGCACAUAUUCUUAGACGACCAAUUAUAGUUUAUGGAGUAAAAUACUAUAAGAGUUUCCGGGGAGAAACUUUAGGAUAUACUCGGUUUCAAGGAGUUUAUCUGCCUUUGUUGUGGGAACAGAGUUUUUGUUGGAAAAGUCCAAUUGCUCUGGGCUAUACAAGGGGCCACUUCUCUGCUUUGGUUGCCAUGGAGAAUGAUGGGUAUGGCAACCGAGGUGCUGGUGCUAAUCUCAACACAGAUGAUGAUGUCACCAUCACAUUUCUGCCUCUGGUUGACAGCGAGAGGAAGCUUCUUCAUGUGCACUUCCUUUCUGUUCAGGAGCUAGGUAAUGAGGAGCAGCAAGAAAAACUGCUCAGAGAAUGGUUGGACUGCUGUGUGACUGAGGGGGGAGUUCUAGUGGCUAUGCAGAAAAGCUCUCGGAGGAGAAACCAUCCAUUGGUCACACAAAUGGUAGAAAAAUGGCUUGAUCGCUACAGACAGAUCCGGCCUUGUACAUCCCUGUCUGAUGGAGAGGAAGAUGAGGAUGAGGAGGAUGAAUGAAAAGAAACACACCUAAGGAGCAAAAAGACCAAAAACAUCUCAGAUAAGAGAUGUUUCCAAAAUUAGUGUGGUAUUCUAAGCAGAAUAUACAGCAUGGAGUGAACCGCACCCUGCAGGAUCUGCUCCCAAGUAUCUUUCUGCUCAACACCCACUGGAGAUAACGAGUGCGCCUGCAUGAGGAGAUGGAGAACUUUGAUUGAACUACAGUUUGUUUUACAAACAAAAAAACCCCUCACCAAACCCUAAUUUUAUUGACAGAACUUUUUCUUUCAAAUUGUAAAUCUGUCUAUGAAUGUAAAGCAUGUGGUUGUGUAAGAAGUCGUGUACUAGGAAAAGUGCACCAGCAUCUUCAUGUUACUGAGAACAUUUCCCCAGCAUGGGCACUCGUAAAAAGCACAUGGCAGAUAACCUUGUUGAAAUAUUCUCAUUAGAACCUGACAUUCUGCUCCCACCGUAAAAGACCCGUUUUCCAUUGUUUCAGAGAUUUGGAAAAUUUGUACAAAUUAUCCACAGCAAGAUAAAAAUAAACAAGCCUUUAUUUUUAUUAAUAAUUUAGUUCCUGUUGUGCCCAAUAAAAUAAAAAUCAAAUCCUUAGGAACAAACUUCAAGAAAAACUAGCAAUUUUUUGAGUGAACUUUUACAUAGAAAUUGUCUUGUUUUGGUUUCUCUUUAAGUUUCCUGAUUUACCCCAUUCAUUAUUUAAAUAUUUAUUUGUUUGGACGAGUGCCCUGUAAAGGGGGUUCUUACUAGACUCUGGGCAGGUGCGUUUGUGCACUUAUUCCCUGGAGGGACGGAAUAGGAGCAGGCUCAGCUUGCCACUGGGUGUCCGAUUGUGUGACAGUCACUUGGACUCAAACCUGUUCUGCUCCCAGGUGGCCAUGCAGAGGGUCUUCAGAAUUGUCCUGUCUUUAUUGUCACCUCUGCUCUAAAGCAAAAGCUGUAUUAAGGGCAUGCCUUUGCUUAGGCUGAUUGGGAAUACAGUUCAGUACAAACAGAAUAAAGAUUUUUAAAUGCAGUAAGGUGGUCAAUGCAUUGAAUCAUCAAUUUCUCUGUGUAGAGUUCAAGACUUUUUGCAUGUUGGUUAGUUGUAGCCAGUAUUUAAACUUAAAACUAUAAUCUUAGAAUAAACUUAUGGACUUAUUUGACCACUUCAGGUAUGUAUUAGUACUGGGUAAACGUUUCUGUCCUAUCUCAGGAUCACGGCACAUAGUGUCCUGCUAAGCACUUAAGACUGAGGUGGCAAGCAGUUGCUACGAUAGCAAAUACACACACUUCCCCUUUAUUGAAAAGGCUGUGAAACCCUUUAAUCUUGUUUUCUGAUGAGAUGGUAUUGAAGUAUACACAACCUGGAAUACUAAAAAAAGUACCUAUAAGCUGUUAUGUCUUGACAGUUCUUUUCCUUGUGAACAUUCAGUAAGGUGUUCCCAAGAUGAAAGGUCAUUGAUGCUGCAUGCCAAAACUGGGAAAGUAGUUUUCAUUGUCGGUGACCCCAUAUAAAUGAACUGUGGUAUCAAAAAUUGUAAAUGUUACUGUUCCAGUAGUCAGUGUUUUCCUAGAAAUUGACUAUUUGGUUUUCAUUUUGGUCAGUGAAUGAUAACCAAGUCUAUAGAAGGCUGCUAUUCUGUGUACUUAGCAUCUGCAGCAUCUGUACAUGUGUACAGCUGAAUUUUCAGGAGGCAGAGAUCCAGUUGAGCAGAACCUCCUCUUCCAAAUGAAGAAGCAACAGAGUACAGAGGGGAAAACUGGUCUCCGGGUGGAUUUGCUUUGCAUCCAAACCUUGUGGUGCGGAGUCAGGCUCAGGACUGAGCCUUGUCCCAUGUACUGUGGUUUCGUGAGUGUCCUCUCCUAAGCUCCCUCUGUAUUUAUUUAUUUAUGACCAGCGACUCUGACCGUAUAGAAUUUGAUGGGCAUCACAUUCUUCCCUGUGGGAAAGUUAAGAAAUGGCUCCAUUUCUUAGGCUCAAGACAGGAAUGGGACUUUACGCUGUUUCUUUCUGUAGCAGCCUGGCUGGCUGUGAGAGGCCAACACAUUUGGAAAAUCAGCGCUAUGUUAAGCUCUUGAACUAAACCAACAGCCAUAAUUAUUGUCCCAAAAAAGUGUAUACAUUUUGUCAAAGAUUAAACGUGGCUAGGUGACAGGUGUAGGUAUCUUUAGACUGACUCUGAGCAGUAAUACUUUUAUAACUGUGUGGACUUUGGUUCUUUUUCUAGGCUGAAACCAGUACUUUGUUUUUAUUCUGAUGUUGUUGUUCUUUGGAGUCAGUUUAUAUAUAAUUAUUUCUAAGGACUGUUUGAACAACCAUGCUCUAAUUAAACAAAACCUAGGCACACCAUG